CAACUUCAGUUCAUGCAUCUUUCCCCCAAGUUAUAUUUAUAACCCUCCAUAAUCUGAACCUUCAAAGCUUCAACAUGGGAACAUUGGUGGGUCACAUCGUACCAGGAUUUUUCUUCUUUUCACUUGGUCUAUGGCACCUCUUUAACCACAUCAAACUAUUUUCUCUACAUCCAAAAUCAUACGUAUCAUGUACAUGGUUUCCCCUUUCCAAACCAAGAUAUUUAGAGCCUCUCGUGAUCAUUAUAGCCUCCUCACUUUCCAUUUCCGUGGAACUCUUCCUUGGCCAAAAGAACCACCAACCAUUUGAUCCCAAUGACGGAACUAUCCCAUCAAAUCAUCUCCAUAAUUUUGAACACUCUUGCAUCUCCAUCACCUUCAUCACCUAUGCCGCUUUUGCCAUCAUCUUUGACAAAACAAGACCAGUGGCACAUAGGGACCUCAUCAACUUGAUUGCCGCCCUCGCAUUCGCCCAACAACUCUUUCUCUUCCAUUUCCACUCGUCUGACCACACGGGCGUCGAGGGCCACUACCAUUUGUUGCUACAGCUCGUGGUUUUUGUCUCUUUGGUGACAACGCUCUUGGGUAUCGCCUUACCGAGUAGCUUCUUGGUGAGUUUUGUUCGGUCACUUAGUAUUUCUUUCCAAGGAAUAUGGCUUAUGUCAAUGGCUUGCAUGCUUUGGAUGCCAAGUUUGGUUCCCAAGGAUUGUUUUCUUCACAUUGAAGAGGGUAAACAUACCAUUAGAUGCUCUAGCGUCAAAUCUCUUCAUAGAGCAUUAUCGUUGGUUAAUAUCCAAUUCAGCUUGAUUCUGGUGGGUGUGACCAUCUUUGCAAUGUGGUUUUAUAUUUUCUUGCGAAGGAUCUAUGGUGAGAAAAUUGAAUAUUCUGAGCUUAGAACAAAGGAAUCCAAAGACAUGGAGAUCAUGAUGACCAUGGUGGAAGUUCAGGAUUCUGAGUCACGAAAUGGAGUUAAGUCACGAGCUUGAGGAAUCAUGGCCACAGAAUACUAUUAAUUAACUUCUCAUGAUGUUUUCGUAUUCUAAUUCAUAGAGCUUGAUCAUGUGAUUGAAUAUAGACGUAUUCUUUAUUCAGAUGGGAGGCAGUCCAUAUAUGUAGUGUGUUGUAUAUAUAUAAACAUGCCGUAAUCUAA